AUGAACGAAGAAGAUCCUUCUAAAGAUAAUCUGAAGACCUAUACUGUCAAAUAUAUAGGAGUUGUAGAGGGCUCAAUGGGAAUAUUAUCAAGGAAAAUGAGAAUGCCUAAACUUACUGAAGCAUCAAUUUACCAACAGAACCAAAGUCUUAGUCAAAUUCAAGACAGUAAUGACUCAAAUUAUUUAUAUUAUAAUGAAAAAUCUCAGAGUUCGAUAGAACAGUCAAGAAUGACUUCGAAGCACAAAAAAUCUUCAUCCCUGCAUAAAUCGAAUGAUGUAGCAAUGAAGAUGUUUAACAGAUGAGGUAUAGUGAUCGAUAAACCGUUGCUUUCUAAAACAAACUAUCCAACUUAUAAGCAGAAUGAGACUCAAUAUUCUCAACAGGUUCUUCAAGACGAUAUGUCUUCGAUAAAAUCUGAGAAAAAUAUUGAACUUCCUGAGGAAAACCAUGAGGAAACAAAGAAACAAGUGAUGCCCCUACAGAAUAUUAAGGAAGAAGAAUAUUCAACAGUCCAAGCUGACAGGAACGAUCAGAUUAGCCAACAGCUCUCAACUAACCCUGAGGAUUACAUCAAGGAAAGUCCAAAAAGAGGGGGUUAUAAUGAUUACAGUCAUGCUGAUAUCUCCAUUCGGCAGGUAAAUCAUGUUACUACUACUGAAUCAGAAGGUUUCAAUGAAAAUGAGAGAGCUAGUGGUUUUCCAAGACCUGAGAGAUAUGAUAGCUACUAUGUCAACCAGUACUCCAUCCCAAAGUCAUUCCAUUGUGGCAUCAGGGAGGAUAAACAUCAACGGAAAUAAAUAAGAAUGAAAAGAAAGCAUUUAACAUUAAAACUCCCAUGCUCCGUAGAGGAAUUAUGGGUUGGAAAUUGAGUAAAAUCACAGACAAAAAUACUUUCACCAGUCAUGGAAAAGAUCGGAAGAAGAAAGAUCACCGCUCUUUCAGAAAUGUGAGAACUGGAGUCAUCCAGAACUCUUUCCUUGGACCAGGAUUUAAUGAAAAUAAAAGAAAUUUGCGUGCCAAGAAGUCUUCCCUCUCUGAUGUUCAAUAUGCUCCUCAGCAGGAGUUUAGCAAGAGUGUGCUUUUUAGCAACCCAAACCAAAUAAUAAAUUUGAAGGCUCCUGGACAGUUUAGCUCACAUCGAGAUAACUCCGAGAGAAAGGAUAAUGACUCUUUUGCAGAGAAUAUCCAGCCAUUUAGCACAUCACCCCAGAGAAAAGGAGUCAGGAUGACAAAUAGAAAACAAUUGAAGAAGUUACAGAGACAAAAUAGAAAAUAUAAUUCAAAUUCCUCUCAGUUCGGGUCAAAAUUAGAGGCAAAAUACUCAGAAUUGAGACGGAAUAACCCUGAUUUUUCUCCUGCUUUCCAAAACCAGGAAGUAAUGGCUGGCGAAAACUUGCCUGAUCAAUAUAAUUUGGAAAACCUACAUAUUUCAAAGAACCCAUCGCUUGAUUUGAACGAGUCUCAUGCAAAUAUCUUUUCAGAGAAAUCCAACAAGAAUUUAUACUCUUCAGGAAUAAAAGGUUCCAGUGUCCUAAUGGGAGACACUGCUGUAUUCAGCCCUCAGAGCAUAAUUUUACCUGCAGUCAAUGUUAAUAAGAAGUAG